ACUUGGAAAAGAAGAUCCUGCAUACAUGUGUGUUUGGCAUGAGGGGAUUGCACACCGAGGGUCCAUUGAGGUGGCAAGCUGCAUAAUGAAGUGGGUGAAGACAAAAUUCACGCCACUCACCAAACCAGAGGUGCGCAAGUUGAUCAUAUUCAGUGACAGAUGCUGUGGGCAGAAUAACAACUGGCGAAUGCUCAAUCUGAUGUCGAUGCUCGUCUCUAUGGGUUACUUUACCCAAGUUGAGCAGAAGUUCAUGGUCUCUGGUCAUUAUUUUCUUCCUUGUGAUCGAUCUUUUGCCACCAUCGAGAAGAGGCGCAAGGUGUCAGUCCUUCAUACACCUGAUGAUGUUUCAAAGAUGAUACUUGAAGCACAACCAGCAAAACCAUUCAAGGUGAUGAGGAUGCAAUGUGAAGACUUCAGGCACCUCCCAGAUUCUGUCCUCAAGCGACCAGCUGGACUACAGAUCACCUCAGUGAGGUGGUUAAAAGUCACAGUUGAGGAUCCUUGGAAUCUGUACGCCAGACAGAGCCACAGUCUAUUUGAGGGUUGGAAAUCGUGGCUGAUCUCCAAACCAAAACAAGGAGCUACACCUCAACCUCCCUAUUUUGCAAGCCACUACCCUAGAGCAUAUGAGAGUCCUCUGCCCAUCAAAAAAAACAAGUACCAAGAUCUGAUGACCAUGCUCAACUACUUGCCAGCUGCUGCACGCUCUUUUUAUGAAUCACUGCAGAGUGAAUAAUUUGUUGUUAAACCAAGCUACAUAAUUAACCGUUUUUUUUCUGUGAGUUUAUGAUCCCCUGAAC